GCAGAGAGUGAUAAGAAUCCUGCCAGCUCUUGGGUUAACCAUUACUACUGCAGGCCAGCAGCCAUUACUACAAGUUAGUGGAAGAGUGUGAAGAAGAUUGAUAAGAGACAGCAGAACCAGUAGGUUGCUAGUUGAUGCAGAACAUAUUUAAUGCACUAGCAGAACAGUGACGAGCAGGCAUCCUCAAGAAAAUCCUCAUGUGCAUCAUUUUCUUUAAGUUUGAUCCCCGUCCUGUUACCAAGAAUGCCUACAGGCUCAUCCUAGCAGCCAAUCGUGAUGAAUUCUAUCACCGACCUUCAAAGUUAGCUGAUUUUUGGGGGAGCAAUAAUGAUAUACUCAGUGGUUUGGACAUGGAGUCAGGAAAAGAAGGUGGAACUUGGCUAGGGAUCAAUAAAAGAGGAAAGUUUGCUGCUCUCACCAAUUAUUUACAGCCCAAAAUUGACCUUCACGCUAAGGGCCGAGGGUCUCUGGUGACCAAUUUCCUGACAUCUGAGAUAGAUAGCUUCUCGUACCUGAAGAAGAUAUCUGCUGAAGGACAUCUGUACAAUGGCUUUAACUUGUUAGCAGCAGACUUUAACACAAAAGAGGAUGUUAUGUGUUAUUAUGGAUCCAAAGGAGAACAAGAGCCUCUCAUCUUAAAUCCAGGUGUGUAUGGCCUGAGCUGCAGCCUACUGGAUACACCUUGGAAGAAACUUCAGCAUGGAAAGAAACUGUUUGCUGACAUCAUCAGAAAGAGCCAGGACAUUGCCAGAGACGAUCUGGUGCAGGAACUCAUUAAAGUGAUGAAUAAUGAAGAGCAGCAGUUGCCAGACCCAGCUAUAGAAGAACAGGGCAAGGAGUUUGUUCGUCCCAUCCUUAGUAGCUACAGCGCAGUAUGUGUACGUUGCAAUGGCUAUGGAACAAGGACCAACACCAUUGUUCUUAUUGAUGGCGAGGGACAGGUGACAUUCACAGAACGCACAAUGUUAAACAGUGACAUCACUCAGUGGAAAACCAGUGUUUACCAGUUUGAGCUGCAACGUUAGCUCUUCUCUAUAUGCACAUUUAUUUUUAAACUCAGAUGCACUGAACUCUGGGAAACCAGAGAAGCCUAAAAGCUAAACCAAGAGUGAGCCAUUUGUCAGCAGCACAUAUACACACACAAAAACCAAUACCACUUUUAUAUCAGACCAACAAGAAGAAAAGCUCAAAUGAAAAUUAUUAAAGCACACUUUCUGUUUUAUAAUUCACUCCUUCAAAUUUGAAUGUACUGUAUAUUAGUUUUAUAUUGACUAAUCAAGUUUAUCAAGGGAAUGCAAACUGUUAGGAGACAUGAAUAUUAGUUUGUGUUUGUAUGUGAAAGAUUUCAGGCUACAGGUGUUUUUUUAUACCUUUCAGAUAGUGUCCUUUUCUAGUACAUUCAGAAUGGAAACAAAUACCUUGAAUAUAGUCAGCUGAUGAAUUAAACACUCCCAGUAGUGUUUGUUUUGGGCUUCAUUUCUUUCCACCCUAUAAAACAUUACCAUAUUUAAGUUCCCUCCGACUUGUUGAAAUUCUACAUGCAUUCCUGGUGAUAUGUAAUUAUCUCAGUGUACCUGCUAACUGAAGCACAUUGGUAAAAUCUAUAAAAUGGUAUUAUAAAAAUGCCUUUACUAUUACCAACACAUGCAUAUGCAAGAGAACUGGGAUUUGGACAGUUUUUGGACACUUAUGAUUUUAUUUGGACAGUUUUCCAUUUUAGAAGUUUCUACAUCAUACUUUGAUAAAUAAGCUCCAAAAUUAAGGUACCACACUCAUGAACUGAGUAGGGAUGGGCGAAUUUGACUCGUUCUGUUCCGCCAAAAAUUCGCCGGCGGUGAAAUUCGCCCAUCCCUAGAACUGAGUGAAAAUGUGCUGAAACACCCUCUGCCACUAUACAUUUUUAACUGUGUUUUUCUAGAAUGUGUUUGAUUUUACCUCUUUGUGUAAUUGUGGCAAAGGAUUCUUCAUGACAUGCUUAAUAAAAUAAGCCAAAUAUUGCUUUAAUUAAAUAAAUACAUCUAACUUGGAUACAAAGUGGGUAAUGUGAAAUGAGAAGAUAAGGUGUGGAUACUUUGGUAGCUAACUGGAUUAACUUUGUAAAAGGGUGAACAUUUAAAAUGUAGUUGGUAAAAUGAAGUUAAAAGGGGCACAUAACGUAAUUUAAUAUUGUUCUUCUGAGCAAUGUUGCAAUUAGCAUUAUUAAGAAGUUGUUACUUUACUGAUAUCAUACAUUGUGUUACAGAAGACAUGAAGAUGGAAUUACUGAUGCAGGAAGCCUCUCCUGAUGCCUCUCUGCUCGGUUCUAUUACUUCUGUCACACUGAGCACUAAAGUAAAUUGCAAAAGGGCUUAGUAGAACACCCAGAGCAAUUCCACAUAGUUAUAUGGGUGGGUAUGUGUCCCCUAUAAGUAAAUUAACCAUAUGUUCAGAUGUUUCCAUAGAAGAAAUUCUAUAGUAAUAAGUGUAUACACAGUAUUGAUGCAUCAAGUGAGAAAUCACAUAAAGCAUAACAUGUUAUAGUAAUAGUUAAAGAGUUUAAAAAUAUAGUAUAAUACUGGUUGCUAUUUUGUUUGUUCCAAUACUAUCUGCUGCCUUGCGGUGCUAUGCCAAAUGCACAGGUUUUCCAACUCAGUACCUAUACUAGAGUUGAUACCAUACAUUGCCCUUUCCUUACAUAAUUAACCUCGGUUUCCUUGUGUAUGCUUUGAAAUCUCAGGAUUAUUGAUCUAUUUGUUCUAUGACUAAUUUUUCACAAAGUUGUGAUAGUAUUUGAAAUGCUGUUAGAGUUGACAUAACUUUUUGUGCAUGUUUUAUUUUCUUAGCUUGUAUUUCACACCAAAUUAUUGAAAAUCUCCUCUUUCAAUCUAGAAAUACUUGUUUUAUUGCUUUGCUAUAGUAAUUACAAGAAAUUAAUUCGUUGUACAAUUUAAUGAAAAAUACAAAAAAAGAAUGUUUAAUUACAAAGUGUAAUUACAGGAAGAAAAAGUACAUAUUUAUUUAUAUAAAAGCUUUGCGGAAGAUGGGUAUAUUUAACAAAGGGUGCAAACAGAGCAUAGUUUUCCAGAGGGAAAUAUCAGAGUUCUGGAUUCACUUGUACAUGUGUCAAAGUGAGAAUUCACUUUCACCCUUUGAUAAUUAUACCCCUUAUACAACUUUAGAGAGACGUGAAUAGUGAUGGGCAAAUCUGUCCAGUUUUGCUUCACUGAAAAAUCUGCAAAACUUGACAAACUAUUUAUAAAUGUCCCCCGGACAGACUGUGGUGAGCUCUGUUUUCACCUAUUGAUAAAUAUACCCCUUAUUAUAGUUUGCCAAGGACACAUUAUAAAGUAAAAGAGUGAUACAAAGGUUUUAAGGGGGCCCGUCAAUACCCAGACCAGCCUGUAGCCAGUAGACUGUUCACAAAUAAAAUGAGCCAACUAAAAUAGGUCUGAAACUGAAACUCCUAAUGCACCAUUUGGGCGGGUGGGUGGUGCAUCCACAAAGAGGAAAUUCACAUCUUUGGGGCUGUUGCCCUGAGCGAAUGGAACAAAAUUGAAUUGUGCAAUGUCCAUCCCUUCGGCUUGGAGGACGAUAAUUCAGAUAUUAUGAAGGGUUGACAUUUGUAUGGCCACCUAUGAAGCUUUAUCACAAUUACAAGCUGGUUAUGACUGGCAGAUUGUAGGAUUUGCUUGAAUGUCAAAAAAUAAAAUGCAUAUAUACACUACCAGUCAAAGGUUUUUGAACACUUGAAGUAUCACAUGUUUUGCACAUGUUUGUGUUACAGAAUGGCAAUUAAUUCCUGAAAAAUAUAAGACAAACUAAAAGAAAAUCAAGUUAAUGCCAAUACUUUUACAGAAAUGCCCACAAUUGAUCUUUGCUAGUUGGCUGCUUACCCUUGACCUUUCUAUCCAAUUCAUAUCUGUUUUCCUUCAAAUAGUUCUGAAUAGUUGGAAGUAUGCUUAGGAUCAUUAUCCUAUUGCACCACAAAGAGUUGCCCAAUAAGUCUCAUACCAGAGGGUAUGGCAUGACACUCAAUAAUAAUGGUGUAGAACCUUAAAUUCACUCUGUGCAGAGCCAGAAAAACACUUCAAAUCCUUAACACUAGCUCAUCCAUACUAGCUCAUAUCAUGUUUAGACACUGAGAAUUCAUAUACCUGGAUGGUGUAAGAAUACCUGGUAGUCUAGUGGGGUGGCGGGGACACCCUCCACCUGCUGCCUCUUGUCCCUCCUCUCACUGCUCUUGAACGCUGCGUGAACCCGGUAGACUCUGCUUUCUUCCUCUGCGCCGCAUGACAUCAUCGCGUUUGGCACAAAAUUUGAAUAUUUAAAGGUGCAAAUACCUUAUUCCCAUUGCUCAGCGUAAAGGUCCUUUCUUAAGUUCCUGGGUGCGAUUUCUAGGUGUGUUUCCGGUUUUGAUCCUUGUCUGUCCCUGACUUGUCUAUAUGUUGCCUGAAACUGACUCCUGCCUGGUUUUGACUAUUCUCCGGAUCCUGAUUUGGUGCUGCGCUAACACUCUGACCUGUGGCCUGUGCCCCAACCUUGCAGCCGUUAAACGAUUUGGUACCGCAUUGCCCGUCUGGCUCCUCAGCACGACCACAAGAAGAAGCAGGAAUGCGGGGGGAAGGCCAGAGGGGGGGUUGCAUCUGCAUUCUUCCCUGUUUCCUGAAGUUGAUGGUGGUUGAUAGUGUAAAUUACACAAAAAUGUAUUUCAAUUCAAAAUGUAUUUUUUAAAUACAUUUUUUUAAAAAUCACAAACAUUUUGAACUGGCACAUACAUAUUCUUAAAUUAUUAAUAUUGCAAUAAUAUCAAGAUAUAAAGAUCAAAGAAAAUUGUUCAUUAACUUUUGUUAAAAGAAUAGUGUGUAUGUAUAUCUAUAUAUAGUUGUCAGAAGUAGCUGCACUCACAGGUCUUAAUAAGAAUAAGAAAACUUUUUAUUGUGGGCAAAAACUAACAUUUCGGCUGGAACACCAGCCUUUUUCAAAGUGAACCGGAUAUACAAACAUCGGAAUAAAUACAUAUUACUACGCCAUACUAUGUAUUUAUUGCGAUGUUUGUAUGUCUGGUUUACGUUGAAAAACAUUAGUUUUUGCCCACGAUAAAAAGUUUUCUUAUACAUCAUAAGACCCGUGAGUGCUGACAACUUCCAUUCAUCCUUAUCGAGGACUGCACCUCGAUAAGGAUGAAUGUUAAAUUCCUGUAAUUAAUUUUGCUUUAAAAUAUUUUUUUCUCAGGGCUUUUUUUUGAUUAUUCUGUUGUUCCUGCUGACUCCUUCCUUUCCUGUAAACCAGGGUGGAGGAUAAUGCAGCAAAGAGCACUGCUACUAUUUUCUGCUUCCUGUUAAAGAAAGGGUGCUUCCUGGAGUUGCCUGCUUUAAUUAACUCUGUAUUUUUGGAAGAUUAUCAGAACAGCAGUCUGGCUCACCCAUAAAUUAUGAUGUUUUUUUAUUGAAUGUGCUCCCCCCUUUCACCCUAUAAAAAGGGUAAUUUGUAGAUGGAUAAGUAGCUCUAAUAAACAAACCCCACCCUUCCCCAAGCUGCAGCAUUUGAGGUAUGAAGGCUUACGUUUGACUGGCAAUAAGUUUUAUCAGCUUCUCUUUUGCUUGGGAGAACAGUUAUUGACAGGAAGUAAUACAGUAAAACUGGUUUCAUUUUCUUAUUUCAUGCAAGAAAUAAAAAAACAAAUAUUUCUUAACUAAAUGAAUAACCAAAAACAAUGUUUAGCAAAAGCCCUAUUCAAUCAGUUCAUGUUAAGAGGAUAUACACUGCCCCUUUAAUUGGAACAUUAUCAAGAGCAAGAUGAAAAGCUAGACUGUAUUGUACAGCAGAUUGAGUCAUGUAUAAAGUACUGAACUUCUCCUUAUAAUUUGAGCCAAAAUUGGGGCAAAUGGGAAUAAGUGCUGGGUGUUUGUAUGAAGGAGCACAUGUAUUGUACUAAAUGCAUAUGCCUAUACAGUAUAUAUAAAGAAUUCUUUUCUUACAGUACUAGAUGUUUUUCCUAUUUAAAUUGUUUAUUAGACUUGAAUUAAGUCUAUUAAACCUGCCAGAGCAGUUAAUAUCAACUGCAUCAUUUCAUACCCUAUAGGAUUUCAAUGUGUAGCAAUAUUAUUUCAGAUUAUACCUCAGAUGUGCUGCUAUUAUGUUGGUCAAGUUAAAUGUUCUUUUUUGUGGCACAUUGCAGAAAUUAUAGAAACAUUCAUAUGGUGUGGUGUUUGUAUGAAGUCCAGCAAAUCCAAAACUGUAAAAUACACUGAAGGGAAGUAGUCAAAUCUCAAGGAUCAUUAUUGAAAGGCUAAUGUUUUUUUUUUAUUUGUUUAUAUUGCUUACUGUCAGUAUGUGUGAAAAAUGUUAAAAAUGGAUUAUUGUCCCUUAAUGUAAGACUUUACAUAAACACAAUUUGCUCACUGGUAUAAAAUUGACUGAAUUGGAAUGUAAUUUGGGCAAUUGAAAAUGGAUUUCAAUAUAAAUGAUUUACAACCAAAA